AUGUUUCUUCUUCCUCAAAGUUUUUUUCGAACAAAAAGAAAAUCUCUCAAAAAAUCAAAAACAGAAGAAGAAUUGGCAAAAACAGCUAGGAGAUUGGCUUUUUGUACUUUAAUGGUUAAUGUUGCAUUAACAAUAGCUAAAGCUAUUGCCUCAUAUCUUUCUGGCAGUUUAUCUAUAAUUUCUUCUUUGGUGGAUUCUUUAGUGGAUAUUACAUCUGGUCUUGUAAUUUGGCUAACGGGCAGAGCAAUUAGAAAACGAGAUCCAAAUCUUUACCCUGUUGGAAGAACUCGUUUAGAACCAAUUGCUUUGAUUGUUGUCAGUGUUAUUAUGGCUGUUGCAAGUAUUCAAAUGAUUGUGCAAUCAUUGGAAUCAAUUAUUAAAAACAAUAUACAUCCAAAAGUUGAUUUAUUUACUGUUGGAAUUAUGAUUGGUACAAUUUUUGUUAAAUUGUGCCUUUUCUUUCUUUGCAGCAGAUUUAAAUCUGAUUUAUCCAUUCGAGUACUUGCCCAAGACCACCGAAAUGACUGUCUUUCAAAUGCUAUAGCUUUAAUUUGUGCUUUUGGUGCUCAAAAAUUUUGGCUUUAUUUGGACCCGAUUGGGGCUAUUAUUGUUGCUUUAUAUAUAGCAGUUACAUGGUAUAAAACAGGAAAGGAACAUUUGGUUAUGCUUGUUGGACGUUCUGCAGAGCCAGAAUUUAUUAUUCGGAUAAUUAAAGUUUGUAUAGACCAUGACGAGCGUAUUGAAUAUAUCGAUACUGUUUAUGUUUAUCAUUUUGGUACCCGAUUUUUGGUUGAAGUGCAUAUUGUUUUGGAUGAAAAUAUGAGAUUAAAAGAAGCCCAUGAUAUUGCAGAAUCUUUACAAAAUUCAAUAGAAUCGUUUUCUGAAGUUGAAAGGGCUUUUGUGCAUGUGGACUAUGAAUUUGAGCAUAAUCCAUUAGAUGAACAUAAACUCCCAUAA